AUGGUACAGACGCGCAUCUUCAAUGUGCUCGCUGUCCUACAGCUUGCGAGCGCGGGCUGCCCUCAGGGCCCCAGCGACGCCUGUGAUGGAGGUGCCAGCGACAGUGUUGCAAUGCUUCAGGGGCAUCAACAUCAACGCGCGUCUCCGAGGCGUCUCCUUGCCAUGGAGGUCAACACCACCCGACAACGUGGCCGCCCACGUGUCUCUACAGGCGCUUUCAAUUUCUCAGAAGUUUCAACAGGAGCAGAGUUCCAAAUCAACGAGGACGGGGUCUGGAACACUUAUUUCCUGCCUGGUGCAACCAUUAUUGACAAGCGCACGCUGGAAUAUGGCAUCAAUGACAAGUACUACCUUAUGAAGUACGACACCACGGACACGUGCAAAGCUGGAAACUUCGAGAUGCUCAAGCUGCCAGGGAAGACCAUCACAGCGACCGUUAAUUUGAACGGGGCUGGUUGUGGCUGCAACGUGAAUUUCUUCUUGGUGGCAAUGCCGGCAUCGUCGCUGGGCGAGUACGGUGACUGCUACUGCGAUGCCAACUGUGUGGGUGGCAACUGCUGCAACGAAUUUGACUUGAACGAGAUGAACACCCAUGCGGUGCAGGUCACAAAUCAUCUCUGUGGAGAUCCGCCAACGCCCGCGACCUGUGACGGCGAUGGAAGUCCGGUCAUGAAUUUCUCACCGAAUUUGUUCGGUCCGGGAAAUGGAAACACCAUCGACACGGAGCACCCCUUCAACUAUUCAGUCCAGUUUCAAGAGAUGAUCUAUUCGGAACACAACCCAGACAAUCACCUUGUCGUCGCAGCGACGAUUCGUCAGGGGGACAAAGUGGUCACCAACACCAUGACCAAUGCAGCCCUCAACGGUAUGUGGACACAGCUCGCAAGCGGAAUGGUUUUGGUCUUCGACUACUGGGAAAGCUCUGACAUGACGUGGCUGGAUGGCGCCUCUUGUCAGGCACCAGAAUCCUGCACCGGCAACAAGGCCCAAAUCUCCAACAUGCACAUCACCACAAACGCCUGA